UCCGAAUCUACCACGUCCCCCACACAUCCUCAAGCAGCAUGCCCGCUACCCUCUUCAAAGACAUCGGCAAGAAGGCCAACAACACCAUCUCGGAUGACUACGACUUCUCCCGCAAGUUGAAGAUCAAGACUAAGUCCACCAACGGCGUCACCUUCACCACCGAAGGCGCGUUGGGUGCCAACAAGUCUAUCCUCGCCAAGCUCGGCGCGAGCUUCUCCCACUCGAGCGGGUUGAACGUCACCAAGCUCCAAGUCACGACCCAAGGCCGCUUGAUCGGGGAAGCCGAAAUCAACAACGCGUUGGUCGACAACCUGAAGCUCGGCUUCAAGCUCGAAGAUGGCGGCAAGAACGCCAAGCAAGUCGCGAUCGUGGACCUCAAGUACACCCAAGACGCGUUCACCACGCACACUGAAAUCGACGUCGUCGGCAACAACGUGACCCAAAACGGUGUGUUCCACUACGACAACUUCGUUGUGGGUGGUACCACGUCGUUCUCGUUGGAAAAGCAAGCCGUGGCCGACUACGGCGGAGCCGUCGCCUACAAGGCCGCGGACUUCGAAGCGUCCAUCGUGGCCAAGAAGUUCUGCAAGAACCUCGUCACUUCGUUCGUCCACACCCCUAGCAAGGACGUGACGUACUCUGCCGUGUACGACUUCGACUCGAAGACCGGCGGCAACUCGUUGACGGUCGGCGGUCGCUACGCCGCGGACAAGGACACCACGUACCUUGCCAAGGUCGACUCGGAAGGCAUUUUGUCGUUGGCGUCGAUCCAAAAGUUGCGCCCGUUCGUGUCGUUGACCACUUCGGCCCAAGUGGACGUGAAGAACUUUGAAGGCGAUGCCCACAAGUUCGGAUUCGGCAUCACCCUCGGUUAAACACCCCCAAGCCCCCUCCUCGUCUGGUCGUUCGUCAUGGGGCGUUGGACGGAUGCGCAUCGUUGCUGGCAUGUGUGUGUGUGUUGCCCGCUUGUAGAUCGCGGCCAUCAUGCAUACACAUCGUCCAGUAGUGACCCCUCUCUCCUGCUUCCCACGGGUGGACGUAGAUAGAACAACUCUGUAGCUCCAAAUUAAAAAAAAUCACACACUCAUUAGUCAUGAA